AUGCAUCAAAGAAAGUAUGCAUUAGAACUCAUUUCUGAACUUGGUUUAUUUGCUGCCAAGCCUAUAAGCACCCCCAUUGACUGCAAUGUCAAACUCACUACAAAGGAGUAUGAUGAUCAUGCAGCAGAUACAAUGCAUGAUGAUCAUGUAGCAGAUACAAGGCGUGAUGAUCAUGUAGCAGAUAAAAGGCAUGCAGAUGAUGAGAUCAUUCAAGACAUCAGUGUUUAUCAAAGACUUGUAGGCAAGCUUCUCCACUUAAUUAUUACCAGGGCUGACAUCUCAUAUAGUAUACAUACACCAAGUCAAUUCCUACAACAACCAAACAAGUAUCACCUAGAUGCAGCACUCAGAAUGACAAGAAAACCAGUUACUGGUUACCAAGUCAAAAUUGGUGAUUCAGUGAUUUCCUGGAAAUCAAAGAAGCAGUCUACAAUCUCAAGAAGUUCUGUGCCGAGUACGAAUAUAGAAGCUUAG